UCGCGGCCCCCGUGGUUUGCGCGAGCAGCUGCAGCGCAGCAGCCGGCGGGGCGCCGCGUUUUCGAGGCUCUGUGGCGCGCAGGGGCUGGAGGCGGUCGCUCGACUGUCAGGCGGGCAAACGGGAGUGCUUCUCCGCGUCGCCGUUGCUCCUCUGGCUUCUUCUCCUCCUGCCAGUUCUCCGCGCCGGCUCGGCCAGAGGUUGCUACCAAUUGCGGACUAUAAAUAGCAGAGCCGUUGCGUGCCUCAGACCGGGAAGGGGGCGAACAACAACAACAACAGCAGCAGCAACAAUCCAUAACCAACCUCCACCGACCCCCCCUGCGCUUUUGAGCCGCCUCCGCCUUGCCUUCGCGCGGGGAGGACACCAGAACCAAGGGAGAGAUGGUGUCGUCUGACAGGAAAUCUGCUGUUUCUAAUGAAAAAUAAGACAAAGGAUUCUGAAGCCUCUGAGUUAGUAACCCUGGAGCGGUGCUGCAUUGUGGAGUUUAGCAAUAAAGCAGAUGUCUCAGUAGUGCUCAAGUUUCAAAGUGGAGAACCAGAUCUUUACCUUGAAGCUGUGUCAAGAUCCGACUGUGAAUCUUGGGCUGUGGCACUUGGAGAGGCCAGUUCAGAAGGUUUACGCAAUAAAAUCCAGCAGCUCCAGAGACUGAUCAUGGAAAUCAAAGAAGAGAGAGCAGCAGAUGAAGUACAACAGUUUCUCCCAUCUGCACAAGCAGACAAUCUAGCAGAGCUCAAGCUUACAAGUCCUAAGAAGACUCUCAGUGAACCAAAGUUUGAAUUCAGUCUCGCAUGUAAAGAUUUGGUGACUCCUACUCGUGAUCGAAAACUGAAUACAUUCGUGCAGAUCACGGUGGUGCAUCCAGGGGAGCAGAAUUCAACAAGAUAUGCAAGUACAGAAAUUGUAGAGGGAACAAGAGACCCACUGUUUCUGACUGGUGUGACGUUCCCACUGGAUUAUCCUAUUUAUGAGGAGACUAAAAUAAAACUAACAGUCUAUGAUGUCAAGGAUAAAUCUCAAGACACGGUCCGCACAAGCAUCCUGGCAGAACACAAAGAGCCAUCAAGGACAGAUUCUGGGAGAAGCUUCCUGGGUUUUGCUACAUUCAAAGCCGGCGAGUUGCUGAAAUCAAAGGACCAACAACUGACUCUUAGCCUCAGGAGCUUGGAUGGUGGAAAGACAUUUGGCACUAUAGAAAUCAGCUUUAUGAAGAUGGGGGAGACGGAAGAUGGGGAGGCAGAUCACAUCACAACAGAUGUACAGGAACAAAAGUGUGCCUUGGUUUAUGAUUGUGCAUCUCCGGAAAACAUCACUAAUAAAGAGAGUUUUCUUUUAUUAAAUGCAGUGUUAAAAAACCCAAUCUGUAGGUUGUAUAGAUUCCCCACUACUGACAACAAGUGGAUGUGUGUACGAGAACAGAUGUCUGAGAGCACUCUUUCUUUUCAUAUUCCCAAGGAACUCAUCAACCUGCACAUAAAGGAGGAUAUGAGAAGGAAUCAGGAGCUCAAAGAACUAGGGGAACUUGCUCCACAUUGGGACAAUAUGCGUAAAAGUGUUAUUGCACACUGUGAUCAGAUGUUGGCUCUCUAUGAAAAUAUGCUUGCAGAACUUGGGAAGCAUACAGGUUCUUCCUUCAAAUCAAGUGGCAGUAAAGGGGAAAAGACUCUAGAAUUUGUUCCAGUCAAUCUUCAUCUGCAGAGAAUGUAUGUCCAUAGUCCUCGAUUAAAAGAAGUCAUUUAUGAUGUAAUCACAGUAGGAGCCCCUGCAGCACAUUUCCAGGGAUUUAAAAAUGGAGGUCUUCAGAAACUAUUGAACAAAUUUGAAGCAGAAAGGCGAAAUACCGGGUACCAAUGUAUUUACUAUUCACCUGAAAACACAGCUAAGGCAAAAGAAGUCCUAAGUAACAUCAAUCAUCUUCAGCCUCUUAUAGAAAGCCACACAGACCUGCUGCUUAAUUCUGCAAGGCAGCAUUUGCCAGACAGCUUGAAGAAUUCCUUAAAGAUGCUUUCAGAAACGACAGAGUUAUUUGUGCAUGCAUUUAAGGAUCAGCUGAUCAGAAGUGCCCUUUUAGCUCUAUAUACAGCCCGUCCAGGUUGUGUCCUAAAAAAACCAACUGUGCCAAGGAGUAGUGUUGAAGAGAGUAGUGAUGAGCCAAAUAAGGAUCAGCCCUCCCAAAUCAAGAGACAAGAUUCAAUACCUCACCAUUCAGAAUACGAUGAAGAAGAGUGGGACAGGGUGUGGACCAAUGUGGGGAAAAGUUUAAAUUGCAUAAUUGCAAUGGUGGAUAGAUUGCUUGAAAAAGAAAACAUCCCAAGCGCCACAAAGGAAAAAGAAAAUGAACCUUCAUCGGGAGAACAUGUGGUGUCUCAUAGAAAUGGUGACUGGUAUGAACAGCUUUAUCCACUCAUAGUUACGCUGAAGGAUUGCAUCGGAGAGGUGGUGACUAGGGCAAAACAAUCAAUGUCUUUCGUUCUGCUUCAAGAGCUUGCAUGUAGUUUGCCACAAUGCUUAAUGCUGACCCUGCGAAGAGAUAUUGUCUUCAGUCAAGCACUUGCUGGCCUGGUCUGUGGGUUUGUAAUCAAAUUACACUCCAGUUUACGUGAUCAAGGCUUCCUCCAGCAGCUUCAUACAGUUGGAGUAAUUGUUCAAUAUGAAGGACUCCUUAGUACAUAUAGUGAGGAAAUUGGAAUGCUAGAAGACAUGGCUGUGGGAAUAGCAGAUUUACAAAAAGUCAUGUUUAAAAUAACUGAAACUAAAUCAGAUGACCUCUUGCCCGUUGUAACUGGGAGAAGAGGCCAUUAUGUAAUAGAAAUCAAGCUUCCAGAAAAGAUGUUCGAGUUGCUUCCACAAGAGAUUAAAGAGGGGAAAUUGCUUCAUGUCUAUCCAGUCCUCUUUAAUGUUGGAAUCAAUGAACAGCAAACACUUGCAGAAAGGUUUGGGGAUACCUCCUUGCAAGAAGGUAUUAACCAGGAGAAUUUGGAACUGCUAAACGAAUAUUACAAGUUAUUCACUGAAAAAAUGCCUCCUGAUUGCCUACCACAUUUUCAAGAACAGAAUGACUUAAAAAGAUUACUAGAAAAUCUCCACCAAAAUAUUCAGGCCAAAAAACGAAAGAAUGUAGAAAUCAUGUGGCUGGCUGCAACGAUUUGCCGCAAGCUAAAUGGAAUACGGUUCACCUGUUGUAAAAGUGCCAAAGAUAGAACAUCCAUGUCAGUGACACUAGAACAAUGCUCAAUUUUAAGAGAUGAGCAUCAGCUACACAAAGAUUUCUUUAUUCGAGCUCUGGACUGUAUGAGGAGAGAAGGAUGCCGCAUAGAGAAUGUACUGAAGAAUGUCAAAUGCAGAAAAUAUGCUUUCAACAUGAUACAGCUGAUGGCUUUCCCAAAGUACUACCGACCACCAGAGGGGACAUAUGGAAAAGCUGACACCUAAGCUUUAGACCAGAAAUAUUUUUAAGUGUGCAGGAUUAUGCAGUUGUGUUAAUUAGUUAACACGAGUUGCUUUGUGUGUCUCACAGUUUGGAAAUAUGUGAGAAGGAAAAAAAUACGUAGGACUUGUUGUUACAUAACUGUGUACUGUCUGUCAUUCAAAAGGAAACAGCAAUAAAGGAAAGCUGUAUAUUCUGGCAAAGGUUU